AUGAGUGAAUAUAACAAUGAAUGUCGAGCAAUAGUUAUGGAGUAUUUACUUCAUUACUGUUAUACAGAUACAGUAAAAAUACUUUUAAAAGAAAUGCAACAGUUAGAUAGUUGCACAAAUUUAAUACAGAAAGAAACAGGCAUUCAUGUCGAUUUAGUAGAUAUAAUUGAUAAUACAACAUCUUUUGAUGUUUCAAACCUUUCAAGUUUAGAAGAAAAUUCAAUCAAAUGGGAUUAUAUAAAAGCAAGAAAAGAUAUCUACGAGUCCGUCAGAGAAGGCAACAUCGAUAAAGCCUUCAAUUUGAUUGAAGCUCAUUUUCCAAAUUUGAUAAGAUUAUACAAUACUAUCAAUCGCAUAGAAUCGUUAUCUUCACCAAAUAAAUCAUUACCUAAAGCACAUUAUAUUCUGUAUAAAUUGCGUUGUCAACAAUUUAUUGAAACUUUACGAACUCUAGGCGAUAUAGCUGCUAUUCAAUUUGCUCAAACUCAUCUUCGACCUUGUAACAAAAUUUAUGCUGAUUUAACAAAUAGUGUGACCACAUUGAUCGCAUAUGCCAACUUGGAAAACGACAAAACGAGAGAUCUUUUAAGCCAAGAACGUAGAAAUCUUAUAGCAGACGAAAUAAACCAAGUAUUGUUAGAAUCUCAAAAUUUCUCUUCACAAACAACACUAGAGAAAUUAUGGAGACAAAAAACAGUUACUCAAGUAGAAUUGGACAAUCAGAAAAGAAAAGAAUCAUCACAAGAGCAAAAGGAAACUGAAAAUACUGAAAAAGUGCCAAUGUAA